CAACGACACACAGCAAAAGACAGCAGGUGGAGCAGAAACCCAUCGACCAGGCUCACCUCCUGGACGCCCCCGUGUCCUCCGGUGCCCGUCGUCCAGUGCAGGGCCUGCUGGGAAAUGCUCCGGGCACUGACCGCGGCCAGUGCGGCCCUGGGGCACAAGGCGGCAGGUUGGGUGAGGACCAUGGCCUCCCACCCACUGCUGGUGGCUCCCCCAGAAGCCCUGAGUAAGCCCCUGUCCCUCCCCAGCCGGCUUCUGCUGGGGCCUGGCCCCUCUAACCUGACCCCCCGCGUCAUGGCGGCUGGGGGGAGGCAGACAAUAGGACACAUGCACAAGGAGAUGUUCCAGAUCAUGGACGAGAUCAAGCAAGGCAUCCAGUACGUGUUCCAGACCCGGAACCCCCUCACGCUGGCCGUCAGUGGCUCAGGGCACUGCGCACUGGAGGCCGCCCUGUUCAACCUCCUGGAGCCGGGGGACUCCUUCCUGGUCGGGGUCAACGGCAUCUGGGGGCAGCGGGCCCAGGACAUCGGGGAGCGCAUCGGAGCCCGUGUACACCCCAUGAUCAAGGACCCUGGAGGCCACUUCACGCUGCGGGAGGUGGAGGAGGCCCUGGCCCAGCACAAGCCCGUGCUGCUGUUCCUGACCCAGGGGGAGUCAUCCAGUGGCGUGCUGCAGCCCCUCGAUGGCUAUGGGGAGCUCUGCCACAGGUACCAGUGCCUGCUGCUGGUGGAUUCAGUGGCAUCCCUGGGCGGGGCCCCCAUCUACAUGGACCAGCAGGGCAUCGAUGUCUUAUACUCGGGCUCCCAGAAGGUCCUGAACGCCCCUGCAGGCACCUCGCUCAUCUCCUUCAGCGACAAGGCCAAAAAUAAGAUCUACACUCGGAAGACCAAGCCCUUCUCCUUCUACCUGGACAUCAAGUGGCUGGCCAACUUCUGGGGCUGUGACGACAAGCCCAGGAUAUACCAUCACACCACCCCCGUCGUCAGCUUGUACAGCCUGAGAGAGAGCCUGGCCCAUCUAGCAGAGCAGGGCCUGGAGAAGAGCUGGCAGCAGCACCGCGAGGCCUCAGAGUACCUGCACGGGCGCCUGCAGGGGCUGGGCCUGCAGCUCUUCGUGAAGGAUCCGGCGAUCCGUCUGCCCACCGUCACCACCGUGGCCGCACCUGCGGGCUACGACUGGAGAGACCUUGUCAGCUACGUCAUGGACCACUUCAGCAUCGAGAUCACGGGCGGCCUCGGGCCCUCGGCGGGGAAGGUGCUGCGGAUCGGCCUGCUGGGCUGUAACGCCUCCCGGGAGAACGUGGACCGAGUGAUUGGGGCCCUGCAAGAGGCCCUGCAGCGCUGCCCCCGGAACAAGCUGUGACCCGACUGCUUGUCCCAUGCUCACGCAGUGACUGGGGGGGGGGGGGGCCAGGGGCAAACAGACUCUGCCAGGGGGACAGCCCCGGGGACAGGACAGCUGCUGACCCAGCCCGGGUGAAGGGGGGAGGGGCAGGGCCGGGCAGCUGCCCCCGCCCCCCAGGGGCCCGACCCCUCCGAGUGGAGCUUCCUGGAUGUGGGCUGUUUGGACCCUCAGCGCCUCCCCAGCGAGCGGCCGUCCCCAUAGGUCACUGGCCUGUGAAUGUUCAAUAAAGACGCCUCUGGUCAUCUGUCCUCACUAUGUGGGGCCGGGCUGCGGAGGAGUCUGGCAGGAAGGCCCCCCGCUCCCUGACUGCACCUCUGUUGCGGGGAGCUCAGGGAGCGGAUCCUCGCCCGGGCCUCCCCAGGGCUGGAGGAUGGGGUGUGUGACCGUCAGCUGGGCCGGGCGCCCUGACACUGCACACCCUGGGCCCAGACCUUGAACCUGCAAAACACAUCCUCACGUACGACCUCCACGGAAGGCCCGCAGGGUCACGGGACUAGGGCACCAAGAUGUCCAAGGACAAACAGCCAGGACUCGAGCCCUGAAGACUCAAGGGCACACCACAGGCACGCAAGCCACUGCAGGCGCGGAGCGUCUGGGAGUUCACAGCCCUGGGGCCACUCUGCCCUCGAAUGUGCAGCGAGGGCGGCCCCCAGCCCCCAGCCCCUCCCCCUCCUCUGCCUGGCUCCCCCUGACCCCUGUCCCUUCGCUCCUGCCCCUCACUGGUUUCUGCCUAUGCCAGGCUCCCUCGCCUCUCCUUCCUGGGAAGGGUCAGGCCAGGCCAGAGCAGCGUGUGCUGCGGCCACAGCCACGUCCACACUUCCAGGUCCUCACGCAGAACCUCCAGUCCUAAGAACCUCCAGGAUGCAGGCCACUUCUCCCUCUGGUUGAGAUGAACACCCACACCCCAUGCAGCCCUGUGUCUUUGUGGAGGGCUGGGGCUGGCUGGCUCCACCCCGUUGCUCACCCAGCUGGGCGCUGGACACAGCUCUGGGCACUGGGGUGGGGCUCUGAGCAGACCCGAGGCCCGCUGCCCGUGGUGCUCACAGCCACUGGGAGAGAUGGCACUGAUAGGGGGACCCAGACACUGUCACAGGGUAGCUGUGAUCAGCACAGGAGCUGAGAGGCCAGAGGGUCUGAAAUCCCACUUUUAAAGUCCUGUUUGCUCGUGUGUUUCUGUUACGGUCUGUGCUGUUUGGCUCCUCCCUAGGAAACCUCUGCCUGCCGUGAGGUCCUCAAGACCUGUUCCCACGUUUUCCUCUAGAAACCUUGUGGUGUCAGGUUUUAUGCUGAGGUUUAUGACCCACCUCACGUUGACUUUGUGCGUGGAGGCGAGAAGGGGGCAAGGUGCAUUUUUAUCCAGACCGAUACCCAGUCUUUCCCAUGUUUGUUAAAUAGCCCUUCCUUCCCAUCUAGUUGACACGGCCCCUUUGCCAGCUGACCAUAGGUGCAGGCCUCCUUCUGCCUCUGUUCCCGUUCGUUGCUCAAUUUAUCCGCCCUUAUGUCCACACCACACUGUCUUAAGUACAUCAGCUUUAUAGAGAGUUUUGAAAUCACGUAGUGCGCGUCCUCCAGUUUCAUUCUCCCUUUUAAAGAUUGUAUUUCCUAUCCUAGAUCUUCUGAAUUUGCAUAUAAAUUUUAGUCAUCUUAUCUAUUUCCUCAGAAUAGCUUACUGGAAUUUUGGUGGGAAUUGCACUAAAUCUAUAUAUCAAGUUAAGGACAAUGGAAACUAUUAAAAUAUUACAAAUUCUUGUUCAUGAA